AUGCAAUACUUACACAAAUUUUCCUUUCUGGCAGGAAACCUCCUCUUUCAGAUGGACACUACCUCUCAGCACAUAUUUCAAAUGAACUCUUUUCAUUUUUCUUCUUCACUUGCGAACUCCUUUGUGUUUACUUUCUUCUUUUCCUUGUCCUCUCACUUCUCAUUAUCCUCUACCCCUCACUUUGACUCCCUUUUCUUUGCCUCAUCACUUCUUUUUACUGGCUUUUCUUUGUCCUUCCCCCUGAAAUCUCCAUUUUUCCUUGUCCUGCCCACUAAAUUUUCCUUGUCCUUUUUAACUCUUUUCCCUUCACUAAUCCCCUCUUCAUUAUGCCACUCUCCCUCACUGCUCUUCCUAACUCUUUUACUCUUCCUUCCUCUCUAUUUUACUCUUCCUUCCUCUCUAUUUUACUCUUCCUUCCUCUCUAUUUUACUCUUCCUUCCUCUCUAUUUUACUCUUCCUUCCUCUCUAUUUUACUCUUCCUUCUCCUGUCACUUUUGUUUUUCCUUCUCUCCCCCUCGUUUUCUCCCACCUUUCACUUUAUCUCCUACCCACCUUUCUUUCGCAUCUUUUUUUCUUGCCACCUUGCCUUUCUUUCUCCUCCCUUUUUCUCCCCUACAACCUUUCCAUCUCUCCUCCUUUCUCUAUAACUUCACUGCCUUGUUAGGUGCUAUGAUUGUAGACUACCUCCUGUUCAGUGGAGCCUUUCAGACUCAUUUGUUGGAAAUAAUGUCAACAGAAGUAUCAGUCUUUGAAGCAAAUAUCCGAUUCCUUGGAGGACUUCUCUCUGCUUAUGCUUUGACUGGAGACCAGAUGUUUAAAGAGAAAGCAAUCUCAGUUGGAAAUAAGUUAUUGCCUGCCUUCAACACAGCAACUGGUAUUCCUCAGUCCAUGAUCAACCUCAAGACUGGCAGCACCCGUAAUUGGGGAUGGGCAUCUGGAGGCUGUUCUAUCCUUGCGGAAUUUGGUUCUGUUCACUUGGAAUUCAUCUACCUUACCAAUAUAAGUGGAAAUCCUGUCUAUGAAAAAAAGGUGUGUCAUGAGUACAAUUAA